AUGAAUGAAAAAAUCGCCGACCCCACCACUUACCGUCAUCUGGCAAAUCAAAAGAUACCCGUACAGGACGAUGAGAACGGCGUCAUUGGCUCAACCAACCUAGACCUCAAGCUUUCAACCAAGGCUUUGGGUGGGCACCAGAACGCGCACAAGCAAGAGCGGGCCCUCACCAAGCAGCGCAAGGGUUUGGAAGCUGACUUGCUUGGGUUUCAUCCGCACUUGUCGUAUUAUUGCUCGAGUGUUCCUCAAAUGCCUGUUUAUUCGGGUAUAAGUAGGGCGCUGGAGGUCCGCCAUGAGUCGAUGCUUCAGAAGCCAUUUUACCCAUCUUCCGUGCUUCCCGGAUUCGGGGGUCUAAGGCAAGCCUGCGGCAUGAACCCGAACUCGAGACCACCUUUCGAUCGUACGAGAGUCGAGAGUCUUCAAUCAUAUGGCAGCGGCGCCGUUCGUCUUGGUGAGUCUCCCCCUCCUCCUCUUGCUUUUGAUGGAAGCAAGUCAAUGAAAAAGGAAGGUGAUCAUCCGGAUGAAGUACUUCAAACAGAUGGUUCUGAUCCAUCCGGAAUUGAUUUGACACUUAAGCUUUGA